GUUGAGAUUUCAGAGGAUGUAAACAAAAGUGCGGCGUGCAACUAACUCUCCAAUAGUGCACCCCAACUUCUUUGACACCAAUUAUGAGUUAAUAGUUUUUCUUUAUUUUUACUUUAUUUUAAAAUGACAUUCCCGCAAUUACUUACAAAGUUUUCUUGUGCGUCGGUUGUUGACUGCCAAUGGAGACGUCUACUUUCAUCACUAUGCUUCUCCAUGGCAGGUAAUGAGGAUACAGCACCAUCUGCCAAUAAGAAGAACAUCUUCUCAAAGUCUGGUGUUUUGGAUGUCAGUGAAAUCGAUCGUGAUAUGCUGAUUAAAGUUCUGGUGAACAGUGUGGCCUAUGAGAAAGAUGGAAUAUUGGCUCUAUCGAAGCCUGCUGGCCUGCCAGUUUCCGGGAAACGUGUCGAUGGACAGCUGUCAUUGAUGGAUGUCUGGGGAGAUGUUGCUGAUGGUGUCAACAGACCUAAUGCUGUUCUUAUCAGUGCACCAGAAAAAGAAAGUUCUGGCAUUGUCCUUUUAGCAGAUGACAACAUCACAGCAAACAAACUGAGCAGAGAUAUAGCAGAUGCAGGCAAGAGGUCACAGGUCAAAAGGCAAUACAUUGCUCUUAUAGUUGGUAUACCAGAACAUCAUCAAGGGUCACAGAAACUGAAUCUUGGACAGGAGAUAAUAGGUGAAGAGUUAAGGACAGUCAUUAAACAUGAAGCCACCAAGGGAAGCAUCAAGCGACAGGAAACAAAGAAUACAAAUGUUGAUUAUAAUGUCCUAGAUUACAACGUCAAACUAAAUAGCGCCCUCAUUGAAAUGUGGCCACUUAAAGCUUACAAGCAUCAACUGCAGGUACACACAACAUCAAUGCUCUGUAGUAUAUUGGGAGAUCAUUUAUAUUCUAACCGUGUCCAGUCAGUUCUUGGAACACCUGUGUUGAUUGAUCCAAAUGAGGCAAGAACUGGACCUCAGAAAUUACCCAAAAUGCUUAGAAACGCUAUGAAUCUUUCUGUGAGUAGAGUUCCCAAGCUUCCUCUGCAUCUACACUACAAUCAACUGUUUCUCAGGCGACCUGAUGGGGAUGUCCAUGUGACGGCUCCGCAUCCCACCUAUUUCAAGAGAAGUAUGAAGCUACUUGAUUUAGAGAUGCCAACGUGAGUGGUUUGCCUGGGAGCUCUUCAAAUGAUCCCCUGCAGUAAUGCUGAUCUCUAUCCAGUGGGUGACUGCAUUGGUACUGCAAGGAAAUUAUGCAGUAGUACAGAAUAUGUUGGAACAUUUCGGAACACGCCGUUAACAUGCUGCAGGGGCAGAUCCAGACAUAUCAGAAAGGGAGGCCGAAAGUGGGGCUGGUCGAGAUAACAACACCAGGGGAAGCAAGCCCCCGCAAAAUUUUGGUGUUCUAGACACCCGAAAAUAACCUCUGAGGUGUUUUGGGCAAUCAAUUUUUUCCCUUCCCAAAAGGGGACUGUGGCUAUUAAAAUAUUAAUAUUUCAGUAGACACAGAAAAAAAUGAGGAAAUAAAAGCACAAUUAUUUUGUAAUCUUGUCCUAUUGUCGUGGUUCUUGUUGGAAGCUAGAGAUUGUAGCUAUGGCAGUUGCAUUACCAAUAAAUCGAGAAAAUAGUAUGAUGACCUUUCCUAAAAGUGCACUACUCUGAAACUUCUGUUGACAUAUGGUGAUAAUCUCAGUUAAAUUGUCUUUGCUUCAACUAG